CGAUGGCUUCAAAUGACCCUGGCCUUGCACAAUUGGGCGCGGAGGCCAACGAGCCCAUCAAAGGAGCGGUCCAUGGAUCAAUCGACCUCGAGGAAGCCGAGAGUCCAGUGGCCCCAGACCAGCUAGACGAACGCUACGAAACUUCGCGCUGGGAGAUUUGGCUAACAGAGCAGGGCUUGGUUUCUAUACUACCAAACGGAUUGUCUCUCUUCAACUUUGGUCCUACUGCCUUUCAGAAUUUGCUAUACCAAAAGGCUGGAGACAAUGAAAUCCUUCAUUUCAUGGGAGCAGAUCGCACAAUCAACUCCAUUGUCCUCCUCAGCAACGGAAUAUCUUUCGCCAUACAGGUUGUUCUAUUCUUGAUCUUGGGAGCUUACGCAGACUUCGGUACACUUCGUUCCAAGAUCCUGAUUGGACUUUCUAUUAUCGCCUAUGCCAUUGGAUUUGGAUGGCUCGGUGUACACACGCCAGACAAGUGGCAGAUCGGAACUGGCUUAUACAUCCUCACCCUCAGCUUUUGGGCUGCUGCCUUCCCUAGCUUGGCCAGAAACACCAAGGAGAUCCGAGAAAAGGCACGAGAUCUCGCAGACGGUACUAUUACCCGCGAAGAGUAUGAUCAUGCAGACAGCAUGAAAAGAAACGAGUUGAGUAAUGCUGUCAUCGUUGGAAUCAUGUUUGCAAUGCAUGUAGAUGAUUCCACCGCAAACAACAACUAUGGUUUAUCUGUCUUGAUCGCCUUCAGCAGUGGUGUAUGGCUGCUCCUCUCACUCCCCCUGGUUCUUCAUGGAAAAGAAACGACCUGGCAUGCAAGUAGAGUCAUCGAUCCUAGUAGCUGGCGUCUCUCAAUUGUGAUCUGGCAACUCAGACAAUCCUUCUGUUACCUCAUCGGAUACUUCUUGCUAGGAGACUCGCUGAACACAAUCGUGACGGUGAUUGGCACUCUUCAGAAUGCCGUGGUCACUUACAACACACUUGAGUUGACAUAUCUUCUGCUCGUUGGUAUUGCCGCUCAAGCUGUAGGUAUUGGUGGAUUCUGGUAUAUACAAAAGCGCUACGGACUAUCCACCAAAACGAUGUUUAAUGCUGUUGCGAUUGGAAUCAUCUGCCUAGCUGCCUGGGGCAUGAUUGGCAUCUUCACACAGAAAGUUGGAUACAAGGUUAAGAUCGAGUUCUGGUUCUAUCAAGUCUUCUAUGGCAUCUUUGUUUGCCCUUGGUACUCUUAUUCUUUGGUGAUGAUUUCAGAAGUCACUCCUCGAGGCAAGGAGUAUCUGUUCUUUUCUUUGUUCUCCAUGGUCGGCAAGACAUCGGCCUUUAUCGGUCCCCUGGUCUCAUCUGCAAUCAUUGAUGCAAGUCCUUCGCACAACAACAGCACACCCUUCUACUUCCUGCUUGCUCUCAGCUUGGUCAGCUUCUUGUUCAUCUUCUUCUUCGUUGAUUUGAGCAAGAGCCAAGUUGAGCAGGCCGAGUUCUGCGCAAGGAGAAAGAGGCUCGCGGCAAGGACAUCUAGCGGCUUUCUUACAUGUGCUCAAAGACAAGGUUUGGAAGGGCAGGUU